AUGGGACUUCAAUUCCACCCACCGGAUACACUCGUUCAGGCAGCCAUCGAAAUUGAUACGUCCUUGCUCAAGAGCGAUCCCUCUGCUAUCACUCAAUCCGAGGCUUUCCACGUGGUGGAGAAGACACCUGAAAGGAAUACAGGAUCGCCUCCGGCUCCCAAAUCUCCAAGAGAUAGCUCCCCGGAGCAUUCACCACCGAUUGUCCCUCGGCGGCGAGUGACGACGAGGGUGGAACCGACCAAGACCGCCCCCGAACCACCAGCAGACUCGUCGGACCGCGAGGGCACCCCUCCUAUCAAGGUCCCAAUGCGUAGAGCAACAGCGCGCCGCGCUACGGCCACGGAAGACAGGUCGAGUGCGACGCCCCCGCGGGAGCUCACUCCUCCCCCUGCGGUUAUCGACGAUGAUACACCGAUGGAUUUCCGACGUCUACCAAAACGGCGCGCCGGUACUGCCUCGGUAGAGGCUACUCCCGCAAAGAGGGCCAGGUCUGUGGGCCCUUCCCACAUCGACGACUCUUUGAAAGAACCACCUCUAAAGAAAUUCAGAGCCCUCUUUGACUCCACUGCCCCUGGUGAAAUGGAGUCUGGAGCCAUACAGGAAGAGAGUGAAUCUCAAAUGUUCCAAGAAACUAACUUUGACGAUGGGUUCCAUUCGAAGAUGUCGACUACGCAGACUGAAACUCAGACCCAGUCUGGGAGAACGCAGAGGAGAGGCGGGAGGGCUCAAACAAUCACUUCCCUCUCGGCGUUACGGGAAGAGGAAGAGGAAGAAAGUAUGGUCUUGGGCACUCAACAGAGGAAGAAAAGGACGUUGGAGGAUGUGAAUGAGGAUGUUGAAAUGGAGGAUGCGACGGGACCCACUUCGAAAAGGCAGGCGACUGAGACGAACAGGGUUGUGAGUGGUGGAGUUGGGGUAGGGACCAAUCUCCCUGCUCGAGCGAGUAGCAGACCGCCUGUCUCCAAGACCAAGCCUCCGUCCACUGCAACUGUCUCGAUCAAAUCUCCUUCAAAGAACAAAGGUGCUGCCGUGGGCAAACCAGACAAGGAUGAAGCCUUCCUCAAAGCUCUUGCAUCAACAAAACGUGGCAAGAAACGCGAAGACGAAUUCGACCGCGAGUUCAACAGGCUCAAGAUUUCCAAACCCGAUCUCGAUGCGCAGAAUGGACGAGAACCGGAAGAGGAUUGGAAGGUUCUGGCUGACUUUGGAGAUGAUUCGGGGAUUAGGGGUAAUUUCAUGACGAUUUGCGAGUUGGAGGUGUUCAAGGAGAAAAACGGAAGGAAUGCGAAGAGCGCUGGAGAGAUGAGACCCGAGUGGGAGGGCAAGCCUAAUUUCAAGAAGUUCAAGAGGAAAAAUGUCCCGAGAAGUGGCGCGAAAGUCGAACUCUUUGUCGACAAUCAAAAGGACGGUCUUGGUCCUUCUUAUUGGAAAGAUGGUGAUUCUUCCCAACCCAUGACUCAAUCUAAACCGAAACCCAGGGCCCGUUCGAAAGCUCUGGCCGCUUUGGAUGAAGAAGUUUCGGCGCCCGAAGAAGAGGUCAUGGAAGUAGAGGAUUCUCCUCCUCCCGUUCGCAAGGGCAGGACGAGGUCAGGGAGUAAGCCGCCCUCCACUUCUAGGUCCAAACCACCUUCCCGAGCUGGAUCUGCAACACCGGCUCCUACUCGCUCAAGUCGUCGUGGCAAGGCUGUUGCUUCGAUUCCAGAAGACGAGGAGCCUUUGUUCCUGGAUGACGACUCUCAAUCGCAGUCACAGUCACAGUUCCAGUCGCAGUCCCAGACGAUGGGUAGGAGAAGCGGAAGGGGAGGUCGGGGGAGUAAUAGGUCGGAGACGUUGGACGAAGAGGAGGAAGACGAUUUCGAGACGUUGGAUUCUGCGUUUGAUCGAAAAGGGACGAGAGGGAAGCCGUCCAGCUCAAAGCCUCCAUCGAAGACUACGACUACUACGAGGACUAGGGCGAGAAAGGCCCCUGUGGUUUUGUUGGAUGAUUCGGAUGAUGAUGCCGUUUUCAAGGGAUUCUGAUUGCUUCGUUUACAUUGGUGUUCGCCUCUUGACUAUAAUUAUACUCGCGGAUGUGCAGCUUUAAUGCAUUUUUC